CUAUGGAGGGAAAAAUUACCUUCGAUGUAUCCGUAUAAAUACUCUACAUUCGAUGAGGAUAAUCACCAGUUACUUCUCUUCUGUUCAUUUGAUCAAAUCAAAUAAUCCAAACAACACAUCAAAAAUGGCCGCUAAGAUGAUCAUAUUCGCUGCCUGUGUGGCCACCACACUCGCCCAAUACGCCGCCCCGGCUUACCCGUCCCACCACGCUGCACCAGCUUACUCAGCGCCCGCUUACUCCGCACCAAAGGCUUACGCUCCGGAACCCACAUACGCCCCGAAACCAUACAGCUUCGAAUACAGCGUAAACGACCCACACACCUACGACGUGCACAGCCAAUCCGAAUACAGCGACGGAUACGGCAACGUCAAAGGAACUUACAGCCUCUUGGAAGCCGACGGUUCCACCCGCGUCGUCGACUACACCGCUGACUCCUACGGAUUCAACGCUGAAGUCAAGAAAAUCGACGGAGGAUACAAAGCCCCAUACAGCGCCCCAGCCCCAGCCUACAAAGCCGCCCCAGCCUACAAGCCAGCUUACUCUGCACCAGCUUACUCUGCCCCAGCUUACUCUGCCCCAGCCUACGCUGCACCAGCUUACCCAGCACCCGCAUACUCCGCACCGGCCUACAAACCAGCCCCAUACAAGGCAUACUACUCUGCUCCAGCUUACAAGCCAGCGUACUCAGCGCCCGCUUACUCGGCACCAAAGGCUUACGCCCCAGAGCCUGCAUACCCACCAACACCGUACAACUUCGAAUACAGCGCCCCGUACAGCGCACCGGCCUACAAGCCAGCUUACUCUGCACCAGCUUACUCUGCACCAGCUUACUCUGCACCAGCUUACUCUGCACCAGCUUACCCAGCACCCGCAUACUCUGCACCACCAGCGUACUCAGCGCCCGCUUACUCCGCACCAAAGGCUUACGCCCCAGAACCCGCAUACGCCCCAGCCCCAUACAGCUUCGAAUACAGCGUAAACGACCCACACACCUACGACGUCAAGAGCCAAUCUGAAUACGCCGACGGCAACGGUUACGUCAAGGGAUCUUACAGCCUUUUGGAAGCCGAUGGUUCCACCCGCACCGUCGAAUACACCGCUGACGACUACAACGGUUUCAACGCCGUCGUCAAGAACUCCGCCCCAGCUGCCUACAAGCCAGCUUACUCCGCACCAGCUUACUCCGCACCAGCCUACGCUGCCCCAGCUUACCCAGCACCAGCUUACUCUGCACCGGCCUACAAGCCAGCAUACAAACCAGCAUACUAAUAAUUUAUUUUGUCAUGUAAACCAACUCUCUUCAUCGCCUUUUUUCCAUAUUUUCUUCGUUUAUACCUCUCUGCCAUCGCGUUCAUAUUGAACCAUGAUCACAAAGUCAUACCAUGCCAUAUUAAUAUAUAAGACAGUAGGUACGACUUGUG